AUGGCCAAAAUGGAAGCCAUGCUUGCAUACCUUAGCAAGGAGUGUGAAGACAUGAAGAAAUUCAGAGAAGAAGUGAGAGGUAAUAUAAAAAGCCGAGGGGAGGUUCUUAAGAAUCUCGAAUCUCAGGUAGGACAUCUUUCACAGCAAUUUCCCAAGCCCACCGACAGCUUCUCAAGUGAUACUGAAAAGAACCUAAGAGGAAAGACCAAGAAAAUAAGGUGGGAAGAAUGCAAGUCAAUCAAUCUAAGCAGUGAAGAAGCUCUAAAGAAAGAAUGCUCCAGACACUCAGAGCAUGAUGAAGGAGAGUCAAGGAAGAAUGUAAGGGAGAUAGAAGAAAUGGCUAGCUCUAAACAGAGGAAGGAACAAAAAGAGAAAGAAUCCCUCAAGCCUUUUGUGCCACAAGCACCAUUUCCUCAGAGACUCAGGGGAAGUGAGAAAGACAUGUCGUAUUCAAGAUUCCUAGACAUGUUUGCAUCUCUCAGUGUCAACAUCCCCUUCAUCAAAAUUCUCCAACAGAUGCCCACAUACAUCAAGUUCAUGAAAGAGCUGCAACCAAGAAAGGAACCUUAA